AUGGCUUCAGUCGACUCAAAGACAGAACCGGGAUAUGUAGAUGUUCCAGGCGCAGUUGAAAAGGAGCAUAUCGAGGACUCCAUCAAACCCAGAGAAGCAGCUGCCGAUGCCGCUGCUCAAGGACAGGCGGUCUCGGGUUACGAGGGUUUGUCUCUUUGGGAAACGAUCAAGACCUUCAAGAUCGCAACGAUGGUUUGUUUCGCCGCUGCGUUUAGUGCCGCUACCGAUGGGUACCAAAUCGGAAUCAAUGGAAGCAUCAUCGCCAACCAGGGUUUCGUCGAGCAAUUCGCAACCAAAGUCGAUGGCAGCGGCAAGCCAUACCUCGCCUCCCCGAUCCUAGCCGGCUGGAGUUCGAUAAUGUCCGUGGGUCAAAUCAUCGGCAUGGUGACGAUCCCCUUUGUGUCCAGCCGUUUCGGGAGAAAAAUCGCGAUGUAUACCUAUUGGGUGGUGCUCAUGACCAGUGUGCUCGCGGAGAGCCUUGCAAGGUCAUGGGAGGUCUGGCUCGUUGCAAAGCUGCUGGCUGGCAUUGGUGUUGGAUGUCUCCAGUCGACCCUACCAGUCUAUAUCUCUGAAUGCGCCCCGAUUCGCAUUCGCGGUGGCCUUCUAAUGUGUUAUAGUCUAUGGUGGUCCCUUGGAUCCUUCUUCGCUUACCUCGCCCUCCAGGCAAUGGCCAAACACAGCCCCACGGUCUGGCUCAUACCGAUAUACACCCAAUGGGCACAGAUUGGGAUCAUGCUUAUCAUAUACGUCUUCCUACCCGAGUCACCGGUGUGGUGCGCAACGCGCGGAGACAGCACUCGAGCCAAGCGAGAACUGCUAAAACUCAACCGGGAUGUAAAGGACUACAACCUCGAGCAGCAAUACCAACUACUCGUCCUGACAGUCGAGCACGAAAACCAGGUCGCCGCGGAGCAGAAGCAGCAGCGCUGGUAUGCUAUCUUCCAGGGAACGAAUGGCCUUAGGACUACCAUUUCGCUAUGGCCCAACCUGACGCAGCAAUUCAUCGGACUUACCCUCUUCACCACCUUUGGGACAUACUUCUUCCAACAGGCUGGGCUGGCGGAUCCAUUCACAAUCAAGUGCAUCACAUCCGGUAUCAAUAUCAGUGUCUUGGUUUCAGUUGUUCUCUUCUCAGACUUUGUUGGGCGACGGAAGAUCGCGUGUUAUGCUACCAGUACGACAUGGACGUGCUGCGUGGUCAUUGGGAUCCUUGGGCUUGUUCCUCGUACUACCGUGACCAAGAACCUGUUCGUCUUGUUUGUUUGCAUUUGGAACGUCGGCAUGAUUGCCAACGGCGCCGCGGGCUGGGGCUACAUCGCCGAAACAUCCGCUCUGCGCCUCCGACCAUACACCGCAGGCUUCGGCGCCGCAUGCACUUGCGUUGUGGGGGUGGUGAUGAACACUCUGACUCCGUACAUGGUCAACGCCAAUCAAUGGAACUGGGGGUUCAAGACGGGGUGGUUCUACGCGGGGGUCGGGCUUCCGUUCCUAAUUGGGACUUGGUUGUUGCUUCCAGAGACGAAAGGGCGCUCGGCGGCUGAGCUGGAUGAGCUCUUUGAGCGCAAGAUUAGACCUUGGAAUUUCUCCAAGACCGAGACGGCAACGCAGCGCUUGCUCAGGACUCAAGGUGAUAUUUGA